AUGGAUAAAAUAGAAGUUGAAACUCAAAAUAAUACAUCCGCAUCAGAAACGAAGAUUGAUAUUUCUGAUAAUAUGAAAGAACAUGGGGAAGAAAUUGAAAAAACUCCAUCAGAAACGAAAGAUGAUACUUUUGAAAAACAUAGGAAAUCAAUUAGUCAAAUUUUAGUUCCUCUAUACAUCAAUGAAGAAUAUGGUUCAGAUGGUUAUGUUGUUACUUAUAGUAGUGAAGAUAGAUCGGUUCUUGGAUGGUCAGUUAACAUUGAAAAUAAUGAACUUGAACAAGAAUCAGUCGCAGUAACAAUUUGA